CUGCCCGCGGUCGGUUUGGCUGUGAGGGCAGGAGUCGUCGCAUGGACUGACAUGGCCACCGACCUCGCCAUGAGCGCAGAGCUGCCCAACAGCCCUCUGGCCAUCGAGUACGUCAAUGACUUUGACCUGAUGAAGUUCGAGGUGAAGAAGGAGCCGCCGGAGGCCGACCGCUACUGCCACCGGCUCCCGUCCGGCUCCCUCUCCUCCACCCCGAUCAGCACCCCCUGCUCCUCCGUGCCUUCCUCCCCGAGCUUCUGCGCCCCGAGCCCGGGCGCGCAGCCCAACCAGGGUCUGGCCGGCGGGGUCAACAGCAGCGGCAACAGCAACAACAGCAGCAGCGUCAACAACAAUCACAGCAACGCGAGCAAGCCCCAGCUGGAGGACCUGUACUGGAUCCCCAGCUACCAGCACCACAUCAACCCGGAGGCGCUCAACCUGACCCCGGAGGACGCGGUGGAGGCCCUCAUCGGCAACGCGCACCACCACCACCACCACCACCAGGCCUACGAGGGCUUCCGCGGGCAACAGUACGUCGGGGAGGACCUGUCCACGGCCUCCGCCGCCCACCACCACCAGGCCCACCACCACCACCACCACCACCACCACGGCCACCACGCGCGCCUGGAGGACCGGUUCUCGGACGAGCAGCUGGUCAGCAUGACGGUGCGGGAGCUGAACCGGCAGCUGCGGGGCUUCAGCAAGGAGGAGGUGAUCCGCCUGAAGCAGAAGAGGCGCACCCUGAAGAACCGGGGCUACGCGCAGUCCUGCCGCUUCAAGCGCGUGCAGCAGCGGCACAUGCUGGAGACCGAGAAGUGCACCUUGCAGAACCAGGUGGAGCAGCUGAAGCAGGACGUGGCGCGCCUUGUCAAGGAGCGGGAUCUAUACAAGGAGAAGUACGAGAAGCUGGCCAGCCGGACCUACAGUGGGCCGGCCAACACGAGAGAUCCGUCCGGGAAACAGGCCACCGCCGAGUUCUUCAUGUGA